AUGGCGCUGGAAACUAUGGAGGACCGCCGCAAAAUCAGGUCAGGACUAAAGGACUUGGAAAUCAGAAUCAGAAUUAAGCUAGGCCGGUUUGGAAUGAACAGAGGAUCAAACGGGCAAAUCCAGCCCAAUGCUGGAAGAGUGUUUGCACUGCAAGGAACAGAAGAGGAGAUGGACCCUGCAGUAAUCCAAGGUACCCUCACUCUUUAUACUACAUGCGUUCAAGCACUAUUUGAUUCUGGAGCUUCGCAAUCAUUCAUAUCUGACGCAUGUGUAUCUACACUUGGAUUAGAAACUGAAUCUCUAAAGACAACUAUGCAUGUGACCUCACCAUUAGGGGGUAAGAUUUCAGUAGUACUAAUUUGUAAAGGGUGCGAACUAGAAGUAUCGAACUUGCGGUUAACAUGCGACUUACGAGUAAUCGAAAUGACGGACUUUGACGUCAUACUCGGGAUGGACUGGUUGACUGCGCACCGAGCUGUCAUAGACUGCCAUCGAAAGAUGGUGACAGUCUAUUCACCAGAUGGGACGAGUUUCAAGUUUAAAGGGGAUAGACAAGACCCUUUUACACCCCACGCAUACAAAACGAACUGGCAUAGGAAGCUUGCUGGAUGGUUAGCGAGUCUCACAUUGGAGGAAAUGGACCGAAUUGAGUUGGGCCUCCCUCACGUUGUCUGCGAGUACGAUGACGUAUUUCUAGAGGAAUUACCGGGAUUACCGCCGCCAAGAGAAUUGGAUUUCACCAUCGAGCUACAACUUGGCACGGCCCCAAUCUCAAUGGCCCCGUAUCGAAUGGCUCCAACAGAGCUAUAA